CCCCAUUCGACGAACAAUUUUUCGACUCAAUUGGUCGUUUAAUUCUUUGCUUGAAAAAAAUGGACGCUUUAAGUUUCAAGACGCUUUUAAAGCGUGCCGUAUUCGUCAUGGUUUUCAUUGUCACCAGCGCCGCCAUCUUCCAAGUUGUUGCUCCUAUCCUGUCUGCUCUGCUGUUUCUCGUCAUCGACUAUGCUGAUGUGGUUUUCACCAUAUGCUACGGGGGGUUUUAUGUGCUUGUCAAUUUGAGGAGAGCACUGUCCAGCAGUGACGACCCUGGGGGAGGGCUUCCCCGAGUAGGGGACAGGUCGGAGAGACGACCGCGGGCACGCAAACCCCGCAGCCAAACAGCAGCAGCAGACAAAUACAACAGAGCGAACCAGGACACAGCAGCAGACAAAUACAACAGAGCGAACCAGGACACAGCAGCAGAUAGGAGCAACAAAACACGAGGGGGAGAGACAGAGGGAAAUGAGACACACACGGUAGAAACAUCUGCAGAUAUAUAUCAGGGAGAUGUCCCAUGCAGCCUGCCCGAGGAGUCUUUGCCCAAGAACUCAUUGGCAAUGGCCGACUUCAUGAGAACACAUAGAGAUGUUGAGGAGAAGACUGCAUUUUGGUGGAAGUAUGGGGCGCGCCCAAAAGACAUCAAGAAGGAAGAACCUGAAGCAGAGGAGGAGCCAAGUGGUAAGAUCCUAACCAUCACCAUGCCCCGCCUGCCGCAAGCCUUAAGGAAGACACCCUCCAAGCUCUCACCCUCGAUAUCCACAACAAGGACAAGUGACGGCCACUUGGUUGAAACACCACAGCUAUCACUGCAUGAACUCUACCCUUACACGCCCCCUGAGCCGCAACGCUUCACCCUCAAACUCCAUGAAGACAUCAUCAAAUUCAAUGCCAUCAUAGAAGCUGCCUUAGAGAGAGACAGAAACGAUAUGCCCACAAGGAAGAGAUCAUCAGCCCAGGCCUUCAUCUACAACACCUCAACACAGGGAUCCCAUGCAGCACUAGAGGGUGCCUCGCGAGAUGAGUCAGUCUCUGACAUGGCAAUAGGCAUGUACCAAGGGCUGCAAGCAGCACUUCUCUCAGAUGCAGCAAGCAGCCACCAAAGCUCUGCCGCCCACCCUGCCUCAACAAAAGUUCCCACCAAGCAGUAUAUGACAUCAUGGCAACCAAUUGCAAAAGGAGUCAGGAUGGAGAAUGGAAAGUUUGAUUGGGAAUUCCCAAGCCCACCAGCAACAAGUUCUGAGAUGGAACGCCAGGCAGUAACUGCUACAGACAACAACAAUAACAGCAAGCAGGUGGAGUGCAUUGCAGAUGGAAGCAAGAGCUUGCAGAAGGCUAUCCGUGCAAGCAUUGAGAUUGAAACUCACUUGGCCGCAAAAAGAUCCUUGGUAACCAUGACUGAGAACAAGAUUCCCGCAGAUGGUUACAUCGUCCAAAUGGACCAGUGCAUCACGAAGGAAGUUGAGCAAUUGGUGGAGGAUAAGCUGACCCAAGCGGACGUAAACGACAUGACAGAAGAUUCCUGCAUUAACCAUGGGUUAUCGCUUCAUUUGUCUUUAUCCAGCCUGGGUCUUGAUGACGUAGACCUAGGCCCACUGUCGGACUCUGAUUAUACCUGCCUGGGUGAUCUACAAUGUGAGCGCGGCAGCACAUGGAACUUGGGGACGCCACGCCGGAGGGCGACUCCAGCAGAGAGGCUGUACCUUGCGGUGGGAAUGAUGGGUGUAGGUGCGGGAGGUUACCUACUGUAUCGAUGGCUCAAGGGCUAAAACACUUUUUUUCGCUAAUUUAAACCUGUGAUACUGUUCUAUUCAUUAGAUGAGAAAAAUGGAGAUUUCUUCAUGGACCUACAUAAGUUUGCAAUGUGCAUAUGCAAACAAAACAGAUACUUUUAUAUGUUAUGCAAACCAUCUACCAGAGCUUGGUGCCACAAUUCUAAUUCACCACAACAUUUAUCCAAUAAAAGUGCUUUGUUCACAUUUAGGUGAACAAUCGAAAACUUAAAAAAAUGUAUUGAUGAAUUAAUGAAAUCCCAUCGAAAACACA